AUGGAGGACGCCAAGAGUGAUCUAGAUCAAGGCGGGGCUCUCCUCGCGGCCAUAGACACCACCACAGACUCCUUCGAGCCUCCCGCCGUCGGCAACACGCAAAGUGACCUGCGUCAUGCUUCAAUAAGCUCUGAAACCUCCUCGUCGCCUGAACAGCAGCCAAAUUGUGACGCGACGGAGACUCCAGGACUACAUGACUCUGUAGAUAUCUCAAGCUCACCAAAUUUGCAGCGAUCUUCAUCGUCUAGUGGUGUGACUUCUUCGCAUAGUGUAACUUUUGGUAUCGGUGCGAGUACAGGCCGUCGAAAUAGAAGUCGAAGCGGUGGAGACGAUGGCGAUGGCGCAUCCUCGGAGCUGGUUGUGCAGCUCCAGAAACUCUGCAAACGAAAGAGACAGCGCUCUGAGGAGCGCGCCUUUGUUCGAGAUGUGGAGCAUAUGCUGACAUUGCUAAGAGCUCAGACACCUACAUCAGUUGAUACUGACAUGACGUCGGCCACGUUUCCAGGUCCAGCGAUGUCGCUGAAGAUGCUGGGAAGUGUUCAGGAGGAAGAUGGCACAGCUGCAGAAAAAGGAUGCAGCUUUGUAACUAGCAAGAGGAGCGGACUGCACAUGCCCCGCGUGACAUUAACACUCGCAGAAAUUGAUGCUAUGCUGGAUUGUAUUGCGGACUUGUUUGAUCAUAGAAACGCUGGUGUGCGUGCACUGGCCUUUGAAGUGGUGCAGCUUUGUUUGCUAUGUUUUGGGGAGAGAUUGACGCCGGAACUCAGGAGAAAAAUCUAUCUUCGACUAGAAACACACCCACCUGGGGACUUUUUACUGCGUCAGACAGCUCUCCGUGCACUGACACAAGACGGAAGGCAUUUGAAACCUUUCCACGUGGAACUGGGCUGGUUUCUAUUGCGUCUCCUGGAACAGUCAGACGCCCAACGGGACCUGCUUGGGCUCAUUCAGAGUAUUUUGCGUCGCAGUCCUCGAGCACUUGAUCGUGACAAAGUGAUCGCGAUUGUGUCGAUUAUAAGCGUACGAUGUGAUAUGGCGUGGAGUCGUGGUGAUUUGAAUGCGUGCCACAAUUUUGUUGCCUUUUUUCAUACUUUAGCAACGCACAACUCUGCGUAUGCUGCAAGCACACCGGCGUGUUUGCGGUCACUGUGCUGUCUUGUCAAUGCUGAUGGUCAUGGAACGUGGUCAGUAAUGAAGCUUUUACUUCAUGGCAGUUCAGGCUUCCUUGUACUGCGGGGCUUAUUACAGGUGCUGGAGCACCCGACUGGAGUUGAUUCGCCAUGGGUACUUCGAGGUGCCGUGUUUUUUGUGGGCAUGUCUUGUUGGGGCUCUCAGCGAGUGGCUAAGUUUGAUGAUAUCGCAUGGGCUCCCAUAUUGCUUGCUCUUGAGCGAGCUUUGCAGUGUUGUCGGGGAGUGGUUAUAUUUGAGGUAAUUUUGUCCAUACAACGCCUUAUUAAAAAGUUUGGUGCAACUCGUCUACCAGCCAGUAGUGGACAAAGUGCGGUAAGCUCAAUCACUGUGUCAUCCAAACCGGCAUUGUAUUCAGAUGACAGCAGCCAUGACGCAAGGGAGACUAGCUUGCCUAGCAUUUCGAGCUUCAGUGGCACGUCAUCCGCAAGUGAAAAUAGAGAUAAACGGUGUCUAGUCAUGGAGUGGGACAUUAUAUUGCGUAUGCUACACGCGCUGAGACCGUGGGUAUCUAUGACUCAUGAAAAUGCGAUUGAGAAAUUUCCGCAGGGAACUGUUCGACCGGAUGGACGAUCACCGGAAUCAGAGACGAAUCGUCCUGCGGCUAUGCACCCGACCAAUGGUCUGUCCAAUCAAUCGCAAUACCAAGUGUCGGUAUCAAUUCAACAAACUAGAAUUCCUCGCGAACUGUUAGACACUCUGCAAACUGUGGAAGACCUUGUGGAACAGCACCGGUUUGCUGGCGAUGUAGAAGAGUUUCUUAAGAUUCUCGAGGAUUAUUUACCACAUCUCAGUGAAAAAUCAAUGCUUUUUCUGUUGCGGCAACGUGCUGAGGCUUCUCAUCCAGGAUAUCAUCUUGGUUGGCUGGCUAGUUUGUCGAGCGCAAUGCGUACGUUUUUCUCUGGCAUUAGUUAUGAUGGCAAUUCGCUUGCUGUGCCUAGUACAGUGCGCCUGGAGGCACUUGAGGUAUUGCGAGCCAAUUUAUGGACAAGUCGAAAUGUCUGCGAGGAUCGUGUAAUCGAAGAAAUAGUGAUUCCGACACUUGGUCGAGUAUAUGAAGAUCCAGAUGCGGAGGUGCGGCGUCGGGCACUCGACUUUAUCAUAGAGGUGACACGUCAAUUGGAAAGUGCCAAGUUUGACUCACUUCUAGACAUCCUUGCCAACGCAAUGACGCUUUCAACUAACGAAGACGCUCAGCUCGUAGCAGCUUCAGGUAUCGCUUCGCUCUUUUCGUCAGCAUUUGACCAUUUGCCACCGGCCCGCGCUGUUCGUAUGUAUGAUCUUCUUGCCACGACAGUGGAAGUCCACCGAAGCCGUGCUGUUCGGCAUAUCGCGCUAUCGUGUUUGCUGUCUGUAUGUGAAGCUCGCGCAAAUGAUGGUCGACUGCAAUGGAAGGAACAGCAACAAAUUCGCACAUCGCGGUUUCUGUUCGUAUCUCGACGUGCUGCACGUGUUAAUGCGCCUGGCGUCCAAUUGACAGCAGCUUGCGUGCCAGUCGCGCGUGCGUUACGUGCUCUACUCACGCUAUUAAGUGCCGAGCCUGAUGCUGAGCUUUUCCGUAUGGCAGUAAAAGGCAUCAAAACGAUGCUGGAAAAUCGUGCAAUCCUGGAAGAUGUAGAUGUGAGCGAAGUGUCGACGAAGGUCGUGGCAAGUAUUGAUUACCGGGCUUUUGGUCGAGCAGCCGUUGCUGACGAAGUCGACAGACUGCUUAACGAACGAAUGGAUGAACAAAAGUCAGCCACUGGUGAUAAGAUAGGUCGAAAUCAAAAGGCACGCGUGGAUUGUAAAAGAGGCACUGGCCGUUUGGUUUCGCUGACAGAUGCAGAACUCAUCCGUUCGAUUCAUGCAUCAACGAGACUCAAUAAUAUUGGUGGGAGUAUGAUGUCGUUCUGCGCGAGUGUGCGAUCAACAGCAAUGCUGCUCGCCAAAACGCAGUUUCUAAACAUGGGAACAGAAUUACUGCAGCUUCUAGUUAGCUACGAGUCUGAGUUGCACGAUAAUGCGCUACAAGAGCUUACGCGAUGCCUAGUAGGUGCGAUGACAUUACCCCUGGCUGUGGCCGAGAAAGACCUGUUCAUGGGCGGUUCAGCUACAGAUGAUUCGGCCUUAUCUUCGUCAUCGUCAGCCCCAGACAUGCUGUACCGUCACGAUGAGGCGAAAUCUCAACUUGGUAUCACUGACCCGUACGCUUCUGGCACACACCUCGGUUUUACCUCCCGUGUGUUUUCGCGUUUUCAAACUUCCGCUUCCCAUGGUAAUCUCUUUCAUGCGCUAUCGGGGUCCAUGAGCAAAUCGGCACUAGGAUCGUCGUCGAAAAAUUCACAUACCGUAGGCUACCGGCCAACUCGAAACGACCGAGCACGAUUGCAAGGUUUCUUGCGUCAACUUUUCGAUUCCGAAUUCAGACUGUUACACACAACGACAACGGCCUUGAGUUUGCUAGCUUUACUCACUCCGACCUCAGUACUAGGCCAGCUUGAUCAAGUGCUCCAUAACUUGCGUGGGUGUGUUACUACAGUAGACGGUGACUUUCGAUCCGACGCUUUUGUAGCGAUUCUGGAAUUAUUGGGAACCAUUACGCCUUUGUUACAUACAGAAGACGAAGAAGGCAGAGGCCAUUCUGCCCGCAAGGCGAUUAUUGAAGCGCUACUACUAGGCUUCGAAUACACAAAGUCAAAGCAGCAUGCAUACCUUGCUUUUCGGCUUCUGUGUCAGGUGAUUUACCAGAGCAACUUGGAGGAGCGUGUAUACCUUGCAGCCUUGGCUAUGCCGACCUUACAACAGUGUACACAUCGUGCCAACAGCCUUUUAGUAGAAGCUGCUAUUGAUUUCUUGAUGUGUUAUGCGUACUCCCAGUCGGCGUUGGACCCGUCAGCUCUCUGUACACGACAGGAGCCUGAUAGUGAAACGAUAAGUAUGCGUGGUGAUUCUCGCCACACAAAGUCAAGGUCCUGGGUGUACAGAAGGUCUUUGAUGACAAUCACGACAAAUUCACACGGGGAUGCAUUACUAGUAAUCCGGAGAGCAAAUUGCACAAGCAAAUGGAAGCUCGAUGCAUGCCAUGGUCUGUCAACUUCCUCACGCUCUCAGAUUGAUAUGCCUAGCGGAGGCGACAAUGGUCUCACAUAUUUUGGCCGACAACGAAAGCAACCAGUGGAGAUGUUCAGAGCAAGAGGUGCUGUCGCUCCGGAACGGCCAGUUCUCCCGGUCGAGCUCAGGCCAUCUAAUUCGAGUCAAUUACGUACACGCCUUGGAAAUGAUUCUCAAACGUUAGCUAGCUCAGAUGAUAAAGCAAUUAACACCUCUCACAGUGAAUGUGCUGUAGAGGGUUACGGAAUAGCAAUGCAGAAUGAGGAUCGUGACGAAGUGCAAGUGGAUUCUUCGAUGCAAAAUUCGACAUUUCAGCAGUCAGCCACGGCCACAGCAUUACCACCGCUACCAGCGUAUGACGGUAUUGGCGGGUCGCCAUCAUACUAUUGUGAAAAUGCACAAAUUUGCCGUCAGACACAGCGAAAUAUGGAACGCCUGACACCCAGAAACAAGAAGGGGCAUUUCAGGCAAGCGGAAGGAGAUAAUGGACAAGAGGAUUCUCCGGGAAAAUCCGUCAUUUCUGCUAUUCAAGAAGAUGUCGAAGAAUAUGAUGACACGGAAAGUCAGCAAGGACUUUUGCAGAACAAUGAAUUCAGAAGUGAGAUGGAUAUUUUUUCACUGGAUGAUAGUCUCAGCUCUGCUCCGAGAAUACCGGCGAAAACACCGAGGACGCUGCACUUUGCUGAAAGCAGUUCCUCUACCACGCUCGACCCAGAUGCAGUCGGAAGCAUGUGUGGAAUACCAACACUACUUGAUGAAGAGCAGUAUGACCCAAAGUAUUUGAUGAUGCAACUCUUUGAUCUCACUGUUGAAAACCGUCCACAGUUACUUAGUGAUGGGCCAGCCCUAAAACUGGCGCUCAGCGUCCUGGAUCGUACACCAGAGUUUGAGACGCAUAAGAUUGGCUUGCUGUACGUCAGGGACGAAAAACAAUCCUCCGAAGCAACAAUUCUGGGGAAUACCGGUGGCUCGCUGCGUUACUUGCGAUUCUUACGUCGUCUCGGUACAUUCACUAAAUUGAAGGGGCUCUCUGGAUAUACAGGAGGUCUUGACACUGUGAACAAUAGCGAUGGCAAAUUCGGUCUCAUCUAUAAAGAUUCAUGGGCACAGAUUACGUUUCACGUUGCGACGAUGAUGGUUCCCGGAAAUAAUCGUUCUGAUGUCAAUCUUACUCCAGACAUUUUUACGUCGACGAAGAAGAAGCGCCAUAUUGGUAAUGAUUUUGUACACGUGGUGUUCAAGGAAUGCGACGAGGACUACGAUGUACAAACACUAUCUGGGCAGUUUAAUAACGUGCACAUUGUUAUCCAACCACUUGAUGACAAUGAGUACCGCACGGAGGUGCACGUCAAACAAGGAAUUCCACCAUUCGGACCGCUUUAUGGCAGACAAAUCGUCUCCAGCUCCAUUAUCUCGGAAAGCGUGCGGAUCACGUGUCUCAAUGCUAAUCUGGCAUGCCAGGUUUUCCAUCAGGACCUAGUGGGGUUUGCCUUGAACAGUGAGGAGCGAUUGAAACAAAUCAAGCAAUUGAGCCUCCGGCUUGCAACUUCGGACGAAUGGAAACUUUACUGA